AACCCCUCACCCCGACGAGUCUUCCCACUUUCAAAGCCGCUCACGGGACUUUCACUUUCUUCCAAGUCCAGAAUCAAUCUACGCAAUCGCACCGCGAUCUGAAGCCGACCGAUCGCUCGUACAGUCGCCGGAAAAAUGGAUCCAGCGAAACUGAGCCAGCUGAAGCAGUUCGUCGACUUGUGCAAGUCCAAUCCCUCCGUUCUCGCCGAUCCCUCGCUCGCCUUCUUCCGCGACUACAUCGAAAGCCUCGGAGCUCAAGUCCCUCCCUCUGCGGACAAGCCCGGCGAAUCGAAAUCGAAGAGCCGUGUGGUGGAGGAGAGCGACGAGGAUAUGGAGGAGACCGAAGGGGGACAUGUGGAAGUGGAGGAGGAAGAGGAGGAGGAUGAGAUUAUCGAGUCAGAUAUCGAGCUUGAAGGCGAGACGGUUGAGCCCGAUAAUGAGCCUCCCCAGAAGAUGGGAGAUCCAUUGGUUGAAGUUACUGAGGAUAAUCGCGAGGCCUCUCAAGCAGCAAAGGCACAAGCCAUGGAAGCCCUUUCUGAAGGAAACUUGGAGGAAGCGAUUGAGCACCUUACACAGGCAAUAACACUCAAUCCAACCUCUGCAAUUAUGUAUGGAACCAGGGCUACUGUGUAUAUUAAAAUGAAGAAGCCCAAUGCUGCAAUCCGGGACGCAACUGCAGCUUUAGAGAUAAAUCCGGAUUCUGCAAAAGGCUACAAGGCUCGUGGCAUGGCUCGAGCUAUGCUUGGUCAGUGGGAAGAAGCUGCAAAGGAUCUUCAUUUGGCAUCAAAGCUAGAUUACGAUGAGGAAAUAAAUGCAGUACUUAAAAAGGUUGAACCAAAUGCGCAUAGGAUUGAGGAACAUCGGAGGAAGUAUGACAGAUUACGUAAGGAGCGGGAAGAAAGAAAGAUUCAGCGCGAGAGAGAGCGUAGACGUGCUGAGGCUCAGGCUGCAUAUGAGAAGGCAAAGAAACAAGAGCAGUCAUCAUCCAGUAGACCAUCUGGUGGUAUGCCUGGUGGAUUCCCAGGUGGAAUGCCUGGUGGAUUCCCAGGUGGAAUGCCUGGAGGCUUUUCAGGGGGAAUGCCUGGAGGUUUCCCGGGCGGCAUGCCAGGAGGAAUGUCUGGAGGUUUCCCGGGCGGCAUGCCAGGAGGAAUGCCUGGAAAUGUUGAUUUUAGCAAUAUACUAAAUGAUCCUGAUCUUAUGGCUGCAUUUAAGGAUCCAGAAGUCAUGGCUGCUAUGCAGGAUGUAAUGAAGAACCCUGCCAAUCUGGCAAAGCAUCAAGCAAAUCCAAAAGUGGCCCCUAUAAUUGCAAAGAUGAUGAACAAGUUCGGAGGACCCAAGUGAAAAAUUUCGAUGCAGUAAUAGCCGUGUUUGGGGUCGAACGUUCUGGUUUAUCAGAGUGGUGGGGUUUGAGAAUGCCACCAGAAAAGUCGGUUGUCAUCAUCUGUAAACAAUUUUCCGUUGGUAGGGAUCUCAGAUGAGCAUCUCGAUUUUGCUUUUGAAACGAUAAGAUAUAAGCUGAAUAACGUCAUGGGAAAAGUGUGAUUUAUUUGUGUUUUCUAGUUA